AUGAAUUUAAAUGAGUAUAAAAAGCUUUCGCAUACUUACAAGACUUCAUGGAGCUGCGUCAUUUGCUGCAGUAGUCGACGCAAAGGGGGAGAUAACUCCAACACGCCAGUGCGUAGUACUCGAGCUGGUGAUUCGCAAGACGCGGAACGUCAUAGCGAGCGACAGGAUAGUAAUAUUACAAUUCGCAAUAAGGGCAAUGUUGUGACACCUGUCAGCAGCAGUGAAGGGUCUCGCUCCAAUGAAACAGAGGAAGAUACUAAGCAGUGCAAGUUGAUUGAUGCAAUUUCUGAACGCGAACUUCGUAAGUCAGUAGAAUUUAUCAGCGAGGCGCAUGAUGAUUUUAAACUCACUAUUGAUACAUUAGACAAAGAUAAUACCCAACUAAAAGGUGCUAACCAGCUCCUCCAGAGCACAGUUCACGGUCUGGAAGAUAGAUUAAAUAACCUCGAACAGUAUCUAAGAGAAAAUAACUUAGAGUUACAUGGUGUCCCUGAAUUUCUUUCGGAAAAUUUAACAAAUGUGUUACAACAAUGCUCGAAAUUUAUUGGACAUCAACUGAAUGACGGCGACAUAGUUGGCUGUGUGAGAGUUGCCAAGCUAAACAAGGAUAGCAAGUUUCCGAAGACAAUAGUGGCCAAAUUUAGGAGUGUUCGUUGCCGCGACGAAUUCUACUCAGCUGUGUACCGCUACAAUAAAGCUCACCCAAAUGACAAACUAAACACAAAUCACCUGGGAAUAGCGGGUGAAAAAAAGCCAGUUUAUGUCUCUGAGCAUCUGUCCCUAUUCUUCAAGAGUAUACAUGCGGCUUCGAGAAAGAAAGCAAAGGAGGCUGGGUACAAGUUCGUAUGGGUGCGCAAUGGUCGCAUCUACGUGAGAAAAGACUCCGAUUCUUCGUAUAUCUACAUCAAGAACCAAGAUAGUCUAGAACUCAUACGCUAG